UGAAUGGGACCUAGAGGGAAGGCACGGAGGGCCUCUGUCAGGAGCUGCAGUGCUAGGACAAGGAGUAAUGGGUACAAGCUGAAAGAAGGGAAGUACAGGCUAGACAUUAGGAGGAAAUUUUUUACUGUGAGGGUGGUGAGGCACUGGAAUGGGUUGCCCAGAUGAGGUGUGACUGUCCCAGCAUUGGCAGUGUUGAAAGCUGGGUUGGAUAAUGCCUUGAGCAAACUGAUCUAGUGGAAGGUGGCCAUGGCCAUGGCAGGGAGGCUGGGACUAGGUAACCUUUAAGAUCCCUUCUGACCCUUAGCAUUGGCCUGAGAUCAUAAAACCAUACAUUCUUUGAGGGCUGCUCAGUCACAAGUGAGGGCAGUGUGGCUCCACAGGGUGCACAUCCUCCCGUGACAGCCCUGGACAGGCAUGCAGGUGCAGACCGGUUCAGCAGCCUAAUUACUCUCUGUGGUGGUGGCUGCAUGUCAUUUGCUUGUGUGAGUAGCUGCAAAGCAGUAAACAUUACUAUGAAUACGUGGAAAUUCUUCCCAGUGAGGCAAAGUGAUGGGAAAUGCUACUAUAAGACAUAUUGAGGGAGGGUUCUGGUAAGAUUAAAGCUGUCAAAAAUAUAUGUUUCCCCCUUGCAUUUUGGAAAUGGAAAGAGCUCUUCUCUCUCAUAAGUCUGUCCCUUCCAGCCAGUUGGAGAAUCUCCAUCUAGCUCAGCUAUGAAGAAGUGUCCCAGUAGAAUUUCUUAGGUAGUUUUUUCUCAUCAAAGCUUGACUUUUCAUUGUCUUCAUUCUCAGGUAGCUGCAUUUUUCAUAUACAUCUACAGUGUUCUUCUCUUCCCUAAAGAGCAUACAACCUGAAACUAUAGGGCAUUUGGUUGUUUUUCCUUAUGGUGGCCCUGCAGAUUCCUCCCUUCCCCAAAUAAUUGCACAGUUUCCUGACUUUGAUUUUUACAGUGUGCUGAGCAGAAUGCAUAAGGAUUAUUUUAGAUCCAGCCCAUUCAGGCUUGUGUUGGUUUAGGGCUUUGUCACUUUGUUUUUUAAGCUCUUGAACCAUAACACACCUUGGAGUCUUCCACCACUGUAACACACUGAAGUGUCCUCAAACAGUGUAAAGAUGUGGAGCUCUCCUUCAGUGACGUGACAGGCAAGCCUGAAAUCUUCAAAGGCACCAAGAAAGGAAUGCUGUAUCUCACCCCUUACAGGAUGAUCUUUGUGUCCAAGGGCAAGGAUCCUAUGCAGUCCUUCAUGAUGCCGUUUUAUUUGGUGAAGGGAUGCUCGAUCGAGCAGCCUGUUUUCUCUGCCAAUUACAUCAAAGGACAGAUCCAGGCCGAGGCCGGAGGUGGCUGGGAAGGGCAGGGAACAUUUAAACUGACUUUCAACAGUGGAGGAGCCAUUGAGUUUGGACAGCUGAUGUUGAAAGCUGCUUCUAGUGCUUCCAGUGGCGUUCCUCUGCAGAACCCUGGCUAUGGAUACACCCCUGUUCCCGGAGGAUUUACACCUGCCCCCGGGGGCUACUCACCUGUGCCAGGAGGCUACGCCGCCCCUCCACCACCAAACGGACCUUAUCCAUAUGCACCACCUCCAGUGAAUGCCUAUGGACCUGCUCCACAGCCCAUGGGAUAUCCAUACGCCCAGAGCCCAGGUAUUUACCCACCACUUCCAAACAUGAACCCCAUGUACAUGCCGCCUCCACCCCCCUACUCUGGGGCACCUCCUGCAGGACCCUCAGCUCCCCCAGCCUGGGUGAGCCCAGGAAUGCCAGGAGGCAGUAAGGCCAUGGAAGCUGCUUCCAGUGCAUAUUACAACCCUGCCAACCCACACAACGUGUAUAUGCCCAUGGAACAGCCACCUCCUUAUACACCUCCUGAGGAUAAGAAGAACAACUAACAGAACGAGAUUGCAGCCAGCCUCCCACAUUCUCUCUUCCUGAAGACAGCUUGGCUGUUAGUACCCCUCAAGUUAGCAUAUCUCUAGAUCUCUGUUUCUCUACAAUAUAGUGCUGGGCAGCUGAGCACCUGCCCUCCUUAAACAUUGAGUCAGUGGCAAUACAAGGCAGGACAACAGCACUUUCCUACUUACUUGCUUUAUCUCAUGGGGUCGAAGGACUAACCUUUUGCCCUGCCAUUGGCUUGAGGAGAGAGAUGGACUUCUUAUUAAACUGUAUCACAUGACUAAUUUAGGACUAAAAUGUGAAGGCCCUGGGAUCUUGUUGGAGUGAAACAACUUGGAAUGCCAAACUUUUGACUUCUGAAGCACCAUCCAGGAAGAAAGGUGUAGAGAGCUAUGAGGUUCCCUGCAUAGAUCAUCUGGUGCCCUAGAAAGGUGUUAAAGUUCCUUGAAUUCUAGGGCAGUUCAGUGUGGGAUGGGACUUUGGAAAUCCUGUCUUGUGUUGGAAGUGUGUGGCAUCCUGGACUAACAGCUGAGGGGUGAUGACCUUGGGAAGUGCAUUUGGAGACACUGGAGCCUUUGGCUAUGCAAGAGGGAAGGGGAUGGGUCCCAAUCAACCUAUCUUCGUAGCCACUGAGUAGAGAAGCAAACAAAGGUGUGCUUCAGGGCAGUGAGUUCAUAGACUGGCAGGCCUGAGGAUCAGUCUGUCUUUUCCCUGUCCAAGCAGGCUCCAUGUCUGUGCAAUAAUCCUGUGUCAAGCAGCCAUUACUCGAGCGUAACGGAGUCAAGUGUUGCACAGGAGGCUGCCUGCCUUGGAGCAAAAUAUGUUACAUUAGGCAGAUGACCUGGCACUAGCCUUGUCAGGAAACAAGUCCUGCGGCCCUGGCUCCCUCUGCUGAGCAAACUUGUGUUGUGUGCUACCUCCACAGGGGAAUACUGGCCUUCAUCUUUUCCUUCAGCUGCUGGAGCCAGGCUGUGUGCGCCCACAUCUGAGCAAUGUGGGCACUGUAAUGCCACAGUUGGUUGCUUACAGGUGCAGUGCUCUCAGCUGGCAACUGCUCUCUGUGUGGAAGUUACUAAUGCUUGGCUCUUCUGCAGAGACUCUGGCUGCUCAGCCACAACUUUCCUUUUCCUUAGGACAUAGUGCCGUUAAACCUGCUCUGAAGAGUCUCUAGUCUGGUGGAGACCCUUGUGAUCCUUUACAUAGAGGGUGAUUUUACUUCCUACAGCCUCCCUACCUUCACAAGGAAGGGGGAAGGAGUGUUUUCCCUCUUACUUCCCUGCAUGGCAGGGCUCUCCUGCAAGUCAGGUUUGCACAGCUUAAAAGUAUGAAUUCCUAAAGCAGUUCCACAUGGGGGGAAGUAAGUUUCCUUAUCAAUAAACACUUUUUCUGUCUUAGAGAUAUUCUAACAACUCUGUAUUUAAGGAAAAAAAAAAUCAACCAUGAAUGUUUGUAACUUUCUGAAUUGCACUUUAAUACAGGAGUGUUGAUACCUUUAUCUGCCA